AUGGCCAGAGCUCACGAGCUUUGCACCGGGAUGGCCCCGGAAGGAUACCCCGUCCGCCCAGUGGACAAGUGGUUCCUGAAGACGAAGGCGGACCUGGAGCUCAAUGGUAACUCCUUCGGAGGGCACUUCCUAGACACGACCACGUCGCACGAGCUGCCCAGACACGUCCUUGAGAGAACCAAGUUCACUGUCGCCUGCAAUCGGGGCGCAAACGCAGGGGCAGACGAGCCUGGCAGCCGGCACAAGCCUCUGCCGGAUCUGUCGCCUGAGAAGUCCCCGAAAGCAGGACCCUCACCGGCGCAGAAAAAGCGCCUGCGCCUGCCUCCAGCAGAUGAGUCGCAGCAGCCCGAGACCGUGCGGCAUGGAGGUCGACAGAAUGCAUCCACUGGUGAUCUCCAUCGGCUUCCCCAGCUUGGGCAAACAGGAGGCUUCCACAUGGAUCCAGGAAGGACGACGAGGGGAAAGAAGCUGAAGGCAAUAUCCGCCGACACCCGCUACGCAAAGCGGGGUUGGGGACGCGGUGGGCCGAUGUUCUGGCCUGAAAGCUCGUUUUGCAUGAGUCAAACAAUGACGAAUUUGCACAGCUACUGCUAA